AGAGAGAGAGAGAGAGAGAGAGAGAGAGAGAUGUAAUUCGGUCCUCUGUGUAUAAGAGUAAUAAUAAUAAUGUAUCUGAUGUCCGAAGCUCUGUAUCCUCCGCCGUAAGAUAAAGUACCAGCGCCGGCUGUCAGCGGCUCUGGUGCGGCCCGGCAGCAUCCUCUCUGGCGUCCGGGAGUGAAUGAGGAGGGCCGGUGGCCGACAGGGAGCGGUCCUUUGAAUUUCAGGGCUGCCUCCUCCUCCUGGAUGGAGCCCGGCUGUGUGCAGGCAGCGAUGGCCAUGGGAGAUGUCUCGAAAAAAGCGUCGGUUCGGAACGUGGCGGUGGAGCGAAAAAACCUCAUCACCGUCUGCAGGUUUUCGGUAAAGACGCUGUUAGAGAAAUACACAGCCGAGCCAAUAGAUGAUUCCUCUGAGGAGUUCAUCAAUUUCGCAGCCAUCCUUGAACACAUCCUCAGCCACCGUUUCAAAGGCUCCGGCAGCUGGUUUGAUGGUCAGAGGAGUUACUGGGACUACGUCCGUCUGUCCUGCGCUAAAGUCCCCAACAGCUGCAUCGGCAGCAUUGAGAACAUGGAGAACAUCAGCACCUCACGAGCCAAGGGGCGAGCCUGGAUAAGAGUCGCCCUGAUGGAGAAGAGGCUGUCUGAAUACAUCGCUACUGCUCUGAGGGACAGCAGAACGACCAGGAGGUUCUAUGCAGAGGGAGCCAUCGUGUUAAGAGAAGAAGCCACUGUCCUAACAGGGAUGCUCAUAGGUCUCGGAGCCAUAGACUUCAGUUUCUGUCUGAAAGGGGAGGCCUUGGAUGGGAAAUGUUCUGCAGUGAUUGACUACACACCGUACUUGAAAUUCACACAAAGCUAUGAUUACCUGAGUGAUGAUGACGAUCAGCAGAGUGUUGAAAGCAGCACAAGCGACGACAGCGUCCCCGAACACCCCUACAUCCCUCUGGUCACAGACGAGGAGAGCUGGAGCACAAAGUGCCGCAAGAUGGAGCAGAGGUUCAAGAUUGUCAAUGCUCAAAAGGGUUACCUGGAGGAGCUUGUGCGCCUGCGUGAGUCCCAGCUGAAGAGCACAGAAACAGAGAACAAGAAGCUAAAGGCCCGACUGGAGGAGCUACAGAGCCACAGCACACAGGAGAAGAAGGAACUGGAGGCCAUAGUCCUGGAGCUUCAGGAGCAGCUGACAAGCUUGAUUCCCUGUGACUCCAAACACCUGGCCAAACACCUUUCAAUCCCUUUGGUCAACCAGUGGCCGGCGCUGCAGCCAUACAACAGCCAAGACGACGUCAAGCUGUUCCGCAGGAGGAGUUUCCCCAGCACAGAGCUGCUGUCCGUAGAAAUCAGCCUGGAUUCAGACUCUCGGAGGACUGAGGGGAGACAGAAUGGAGGAGCCUGGAGCACAGAAAAGGACUACACUCCCUCCAUGAUGGGCCUCUGUGGGUCCUUGGCCUCCCUCCGGAGCUGCAAGUCUCUGGCUAGCCUCAAGUCCAGCGAGUGCCUGGUCAACAUCAGCACAGAGAGCAGUCCUGCCCUCUCUCCCAGCUAGGGGGCGCCAAAGACGCACUGCCAACAACUUAACUGACACUGAGACAAUUCAACGUGAAUACAAAAAGACUGCUUUUGGGAGGUGGACAAAUGCUCUCUUAUGUGGCCCUUCUUUGAGUCCCUUUACCUUUACGCUCUGAGCCUGGCGCUGUCUUGACUUACACCUUUUAAGCAUUUGUUAAAAAAGAGUAGCUUCUCUGUCUGGGACUGUCCAACAAAGAUGCAGGAAGAGCUGCUUUACUGCCAGACAGCCUCCUGCAGUUUCACUCUCUCUAAUUGUCUUGACAUGAUUAAGUCUCCUGGAAUGCAAACAUCAUGAAGCUUGAUUUUGUGCAAUUACAGUCACAUCUGUACUGGUCACAUUCAUACUCACUGUAGGGUUGUCCUGUAUGUACUUGUCCAUUUGUCUGUGUCUUAUCAGUCUGUUUGUGUAUCUUAUUAUGCCUCUUGCAUAAUACUGGCAGCGCAGGGUGGAUGAGCUGUUAUAAUCUUUUAGGGAACAGAAACAAUGGUUUGCCAUAUUAUAUUACACUAUUAUGAGAGAGAUAAAAAAAGAGAGGCUUGUACUGUGCUGAGUGGCCCAGAGAGAUUUAUGAUGAUUAUUUGGAAUUAACAGAAGAAGCUUUGUGAUAUUUGGAUAAAUGAUAUGCCUUUUUCAAUCAGACAGUAGGUUAGACACAGAUUUUAGGAUGUGACACUGUCAGGCUACAAAGGUUUGCAGAGCCAUUACAGUGUGAACAUUAAAAGCAGACUUAAUAUCUAUUGCAUACAAAUGCAAAAGUGUAUUAUGACUAUGCAGAAUGAGUGUCUUCAUUGUCUUUUUCUACAAACCUGGCUUGAUAGAGUAGUUUUAGCAGGAGAGAAAUAGUGAAUGUGCGACGUGUGAGCGUUUGUCGUUUUAAUUUUUGGCUCUUUUUUUCCUCUGUUCUUUUUUGUAUUUUAAUUAAUUUCAUGACAUAGUUGCUUGUAUUAUUUACCGUCAUGUAAAUUGCAAUCUUAUGAAUUGCUGUUGAAAGUUGGGAUAUAUUGUCUCAUUUAAAAACUGCAAUAAAACUGCCUUUUUUUGAAACAUUAAAUGUUGGUAAAUGCAAUGGUUGUGCAUGUUCGGGGGGUUUUCGCUGUAGCGAUGGUAAUGUCAGCCGGUCGGUUCACCACUUUGGUCCAGAACAUCUCAACAACUAUUGGGUGUGUUGCCAUGAAAUUUUACAGUCAUUCAUGUUCCCCACAAAAUGUAUUCUAUUGACUUUUCCAAUAGCGCUGUUGACACUGUCAAUUUGUGCUUUUAUUUAACCCUGUGUCCAAAUACGUGUAAAACUAAUGACAUCCAUGGUCCCCAGAGGAUGAAUCCUAAUGGCUUUCAUGAUUCCCUGACUUUUCCACCGCAAGCAGGUCAAAGUUUUCACUUAGUGAAAUAUCACAUCUACAACUGACUUUCAUUUUCCCAGGUCUUUUUCCUAUAGCGCCGCCAUGAGGUUGAAUUUUGUCAAGAACUGUUUUACGCUACCAGCAUAACUAAUCCCAAUUCCAUCAGCCUCAGCUGCACUCUGUGUUUAGUGUUAAUUCGUAAAUGUUAGCCUGCCAACACGCGAAACUAAGAUGGAAAACACAGUGAAGUUUAAACCAACAAAACAUCUCGAUCUACGUUAGCAUUGUCGUUGUGAGCAUGUUAGCACGAUGAGGUUAGCAUGUAACACAUGGAGCUGUAGACUCUUAGUCUUGUUCGUUCAUGAAUUGCCUCCACAUUUACAGUCAACAGCAUCAUUUUCUUGCAAGUCUUGACAUUUUGCCGCUCAGAAACUGCAGUGUCAAUUCAUUACUAACCUGAUCAGACACAAAAAACGAAUGUGAAGCAAAAUAGAAUUGGCUCUAAAUGAAUAGCUGACAUCACAACAAUUUAACUUACUGUAUGUCCAAGAAACUGGACACACGCUCUCUCCCCCUUUGCAGAGGUCACUUUUUGUUUUCAUGCCCUCCUUUUAGCUUAACUUUGUGAAGCCGGACAUUGUCUCUCCUUAAAUGGGUCUGAAAUAUCUUAUGCGAGGUCAUAGGUUAGGAUCAUUCAUUCAUUAACACAGACAAAUACACAGAGCUAAACAAACAGCAGCUGAAGGUCCUUUGGUAAACGCUGGACAUGCAUUAUAGGAGAUACAUUCCUGAUCGACAUACUGUGCAAUUAACUGCCUGGCUGUAAAAUAAAUGGAUACCGGAGGGUGGGGGAAAGUUGGUUUUAGUUAUCUGGCUUUGUCGUUGGCUGUUUUGUAAAAGUGACAUCAAUUGUUGGGUGCAGCUGCUCAUCUUGCACUAGAUAGAUGAGCAGGCUGCUAGACACAUGGUUAAGCACUUCACCCCUCUGUGAUGAAGCAAAUUCACUCCCGUUAUGGUGUGCCAGAGGCAGGAGUGUGUUAUCUAAGCGUGGACCGAGGUCUCGUUUAAGUAAGUGCACAUUUUGGACGAGUUUGGGGUGGGUGAGGGGACAAUGGGAGCCUUAGCACUGGUCUAGGAUGUGUCGCUAAAAGUUCAUGCCAUGUUAUC